AUGUCUCCUAGACCUUCAAUAAACAAAGCUUACUCAAUGAUUAUUUCUGAAGAAAGCAGAAGAGCACUGUCCCAAUCCUCUCAAGUUUCUGAAGUUAAUGAAGGUACAAUCUUGUUCGGUAAUAAGGGAACAUCAUCUGAAGCUCCAGUUCAGCUGAAUGCAAAAGAAAAUCAUAGGCAAAAUCAUAGCUUCUUGGGAAAUGAGGUGACAACCUUGUUUAGUAGCAAAGGGAAUGCAGGUGCUAGUUAUGGUCAUUCUGGAGCAGGAAAUCACUCAGUUUCUGGCUAUAGGUCCAUAAGAAACAAUCUACAUUGUCACUAUUACAACUUCAAAGGUCAUACUAGGGAGACUUGUUACAAACUGAAUGGAUAUCCACAAGAUUUUAAGUCAAAAAUAAAGGGUGAAUUUGGUAAUACAGUUAAUUAUGCUCAGACCAAUGAUGGCAACUAUAUGUCUGAUACUUCCACUGGCCCUGUACAAGCAGGAUCUACUGCUAACUUUGCAGGAGUCUCACAGUACAACCAGAUUCUUCAACUUCUAGGCAAGCAACCUGAGUGCAGUGGUUCUGCUAUGGCAGCAGAUUCAGGGGCUUCAAGUCAUAUGGUAAAUAAUUCUAGCUUGAAGAUUAAUGUCAAAGUUAUUGGUAACCAAGGUGGAAAAGUUCACUUACCUACUGGUAGUGUAGCUCAUGAGCUCUUCAGUGGACAAGUGAGGGGGAUUGGUAGAGAGGAAGAUGGACUGUAUGUGUUCAACUCUACUCCAAAGAAGUCAGUAGCACUACAAGCUCAAAAUACUUUGCAGAAACUAAAUGGUUCUCAUGAUUUCAUGCUGUUGAAUGUAGUAGUAAAGACAAGCAUUGUACAAGUCCCUACCUAUGAUAGAAAGAGGUAUUUCUUGACCUUGGUGGAUGACUGUUCUAGGUAUACAUGGCUCUUCCUUUUACCUACUAAAGUUGAGGUUGUUGUUGCUCUUAGAUCUUUCUUUACUAUGAUUAAGAAUGUCUACUCAACAUCUGUUAAGUUUUUCAGAUCUGAUAAUGGGUGUGAGUUCUUCAAUUCACAUAUGUCAGAAUUGUUACAAUCUCUGGGAAUUAUACAUCAAAGCUCAUGCAUCUACACUCCACAACAAAAUAGAGUUGCUGAAAGAAGACACAGGUAUAUUCUGGAAGUUGCUCGAGCACUCAGAUUUCAGGCUUCAGUACCAUUAAGGUUCUGGGGAGAAUGUGUUAGUACUGCUGUAUACAUCAUUAACAGACUCCCUUCAAUUGUCCUUCACAAAAAAUCCCCUUUUGAGAUCAUGUUUGGGCAUUCACCUUCUUUACAACACAUGUGA